ACGCGAAGACGCAAAGACGAGAACGAGACCAGAGCCAUUCGCCUGCAUGCUGAGCAUUCCGAGAGAGAGAGAGAGAGAGAGAGAGAAAUAGAGAAGAGAGAGAUAGAAGAGAAAGAGAAAGAGAAAGAGAAAAAAGAGAAAAAGAAUAAAAAAGAUAAAAAAGAUAAAAAACGAACCAGGGAUGAGAUGAUGACUAAUAAAGACAGACCGAGCCAAAAGAGGGAAAGAGCAAGCUAG